UUCAUGUUGGUUCUUACAGUUCUGCCAUCAGCAGUAACUAGAAGCAAACUGACUCUGGAGAGGUGUACACAACAGCUGGCCACUGCAUUUUACCAUUUUGACAGUGGCACAUCUGUAGUAGAAAGGGAAACGAAGUCCACCUGAAAUAUGGGAAAUUCAAGCAGCCAAGAACAGGUGAAACAUGACCCUUGGUGGGAGCCUUAUCAAUUGCAGCACCGCAGCACACAAAAUGUUGAAACACAGGAGCCAAAUGCUGCAGCUUCUAAGAUACACGUACAAGAAGCCACAAUGCUAUGUGAAGAAGUGACAUUAUCAGAAACAGCGUGGCAGCAGAGGGAACUAACACUAGGGCAAACUAUCCAGCACCUUGCAGAAGAGAAUAUGCGACUAGCUAUGGCGAAACAGGCCGCUGAGAAGAGAACGGAGGAAAUGCAUGUAGAGCUUGCAGCAGAGUCACAGCGUAAAUCUGAAGAAAUAAACAGACUGCAAUGUGAAGCAGAAAAAACUCAGAUGGUAUUUGAGAAACUUCAUGCCCAGAUACAGGCAGGUAGAGAGGACAGACAGAUGAUAACAUUAGAAAUGGAGCGGAUUAGGUCUGGUUUUGAUGCAGAACGAGAGGCAAAAGAAGAAAUAAUUGCUGAAAUGAGGAAACUAAGGGAAGAAAGGGAUAUAAAUAGAAGAGAAGCAGAAAAAAUGAGAGAACAGUUAAUCUGUGAGAGGAAAGUAGUGGAAGAGACAACAGCAGUACUUAGUCAGGAGAGGGAAGAGAAGGAGUGUCUGUCAAAAGAAUUAGAGAAACUGAGAGAAGAAUUUAAAUCUGCAAAGACAUUAUUGCUUUCAACUUCAGUUGAUUUGCAAACACAUGAUGUGCCAGAGCAACAACAGCUGCAGGUAGGAGAAAGCAGUGGGUCUGAGGAGUCAGCAGCUGUGCGGAUAAGGAGUCCAGAGGCAAAGGCAGAAAUGGAGAGGUUCCAAGCAGAAAUGAUUACAAGGAGGGAAGUCCGGCAACGAGUAAUGCACGCCGUUUCCUCGGAAAUGGAGAGAUUAAGGACAGAACUGAAUUCUGAACGUGAAACUCGAAAACAACUGGAGCAGAGUCUGCUGCAUAUUGGUAGUGGCAGAAAAUCGGGACAAGGAGAGACAUUAACUCUAGAUUUGGAACAGGCACAGCAGAAAAUUAAAGUGGAUAAGAAGAGACUCAAACAACUAAGUCAAGAAAAUGAAAGAUUAAAUUUUGAAAUAGAAAAUGGACGCCAGAUUCUUGCAGAGAGGACUGAAGAUCUAGAGAGGCUACAAACACAAUUGGUAGCUGAACGUGAGCAUUUUGAGAAACAAAUAGUGGCUCUCAAGGAAGUGGCAGCUAUAAGCAAACAAAUGUUGAUAAUAAGGGAAGGUCAGGUAAUGCAGUUGAAGGAGAAGCUGAAGGAAAUUGAAGCUUCGAUUACAGAUAAAGUACAUGGGAAAGUAUCAGUUGAUGUAAAAACUGAAUAUGAAUCUCAGAUGGAAAACAUUCGCAGUUUGAAGGGUCUGUAUGAGGAACGUAUGAAAGUCGUUUUAUUAGAAAAGGAGAAAUUAGUCCGCGAGUCUGAAGAGAAAUCUCAACUUUUACAAGCAGAAAUAAAAAAAUCAGCAGAGUUUGAACAGCAACUGGCAGAAUUGAAAAUAUCCCUGUCACAGAAAGAAGAAGAAACUUCUAAUUUGCAGAUUCAGCUCGAUGAUUCUCAGGAUAAAAGUCGAGGUUUGGCCAAUGAACUCUCACAUAUAAACAACCUGUUUACCCAGAUGCUAGUUAGCAGCACUGCAACAGACAUGGAUCUUGAUAAACUCACUAGACUACUUCAGGAAAAUCAUGAUCUUAUCACAGAAAUAACAAUAAAGGAAGACUCUAGUGAGGCUGCUGCCACUUUGCCAAAACUGCUGUUAGACAUAGUGACCCAAGUGGACAGUGGUACAGCUUCAACAUCAAGCUCUCCCACAGGUAACAGGAUUGAGGACAAUGAAGCAAACUUGGAGACAGAAACCUCUCCAUUUGCCCAUGAUCUCACAGCAGAAAAUGUGGCUGGAGUCAACAGUAAAAGUUCAUCUGAAGAAGGUGCUAAUGGUAUGGCAAUUCAGGAUAUAGCUCUGAAUCUACCCAAAGUUUGGAAGGUGCUUAUGGAACUCCUUAGUCAUCAUGUAGCUCCAAAUUAUGUUGAGGACUGUGACGAUGAUAAAAAUAGUUGCUAUAAAAGUGUUGAUACACCAUCUGGCCCUCGUCUGGUCAUUAGUGUUAGUAAAACAUUCCUCCGACUCAAAGACUUGAUUCUAGAAAAGAAAUCACUUCAAAAGGAGCUGACUCGUCUGAAACAGCUGAACGGACACUUGGAGUGUAAGCUGAAUAACCAAGAGCAGAAACUGUCCGUAGUAUCAUCUGAACUGCGAAAAACAUGGAAUGUCGUUGAUCGGAUGCAGACCCAGCACCAGCAACUACACACUCAUGAGAAAAUACUGCGCUAUGAGCUUCAUGAGAAACGCAAGAUGCUUAAUGAGUUGAAACAGGAACUGGAGUACUGCCGUGAGAAGUGGGAGCGUGCUCGACAGAAAAACUCUGAAUCCGAAGUGGAAUGGAAGAAACUCAGAAAGGAGUUUGCUUCACGUAAGAAACAACCUAUGGACUUGCUCAACAAUUCAGGUGAGAGUGGUUUUUCAGAUGAGAGAGGAGAUGAUAGCUGUGAAGAUGAUGAUGGAACAAAUAAGGAUACUGGACAGUUGGAUCCGGGGAUUGGGAAAGUUUCUGGUCUGCAUGCUCACUCUGGGGCUAUUCGCACAUCAUCUCCACUGAACACAAAUUUCCCACAAUCUCACAUGUCUCUCAGUUCUUCAGAUAUGUGUGAGGCUAACAGUUCAGGUAGUUCAGUUGAGCAAACUCAGCUAUUGCUCAAUGAACCCAUCCUGUCAGGAACAAAUAUAAUGCCAUUAUCUCCUGCUUCUGAACAUGCAGAGCUGUUAAAUCAUUCUGAAUCUCAAUUAAUGAUGGACUUGGAAGCCGAGUUACUGCCUAACUCGGAACGCUCAGGUUCUGCAAGCAGUGAUCAGCAAGACGCCUAUUAUAUUGAAAUGCAGUCGUGCUCAUCAAGCAUGUGCUUUGAUUCUCUGCAACAUAAUACCAAAGAAGAGGAUGUAUCAGGCCGCAGAAUGGAUCCUCCAGCCCACCAUGAUUGUUCCACAAUUUCAUUAAUCACAUUGUUAAAGCAACAGCUGUCAUUCUUUUCUAGGAACCUUGAUUAUAUUACAGCUGGGACAGAUGACAUCUUAGGACAUAAUUUGCAAGCUCUAGAAUCUAUAUUUUCUUUACCUCCUAUUCAAAUUCCAAAAACUAUAAAUGAUAACAUCACAAAGCAAGAUUAUUUUUCGUCAUUUUACUGUUGUGAACAGGAAGAUCCUCUUAAUUUUAGUUCAUCACCUAUAUCAUCAUCAAUCCCCAUGACACCUGACCUUCCCAGUGAUAAAGCUGGUGACUCUGUUUGUUCUACUUUAAAACCAGAUCAUGCGAUAAUGUCUGGUGAAACAGAAGCUGUUGAAGAAAACAGUACAGAAAAUUAUUCUUUGUUAGAAAACACAACUUCAAAAGAGACAGAUGAAAGUAGUACAUUAGAGGAGCCAGAUGUUGGAAAUAACUCGUGUAAUCAACGUAAUUCAUGUGAUGGCCCAAAAAGUUCAGAGGAAUUAGGAGCUGUGGAAUAUAGUCAAGAGCAUUUGAAGGCCAGCAGAACACCUGAAGAAAUUGCAGAAGCCCGUGCGGCUAGGCUCAAGAGGUUGGAGGAGCAGUGUCAACAGCUUUACAACAAAGUUACUAGGACCACCCAUCGUAGCACUGCAUUAUGUAAUAGAUUAGAAGAGUUACAUGAGCAAUACAGAGGCAGUGAUUCCCCUACAGGUGCCAGAGCUGAUUCAGAAAGUAAUAUUCCUGUCCCGCCUCCAUUUCCUCAUGUACUUCAUGCCAGGCGGAUUCCAACAACUCCAGUACUGACUCAAAACAAUAAUUCAGAAGAAUUACUGGCCUCCACCUCCUUGACCUCAUCACCUUCAUUCCUGAACACCUUUUAUUCUAAAGAGACCCCAACAGGUACAGAACAGAACAAAAUAAAUUAUUCAAGAGAUAUUUCUGAAACAGACAAUAUCCCUACGCCUCCACCAUUCCCUAACAAUCUUCAUCCGAUGCAAAUCCUUACUAGUUCAGAAUCGACAGUAACCCAAAUCAGCGAUGUUGAAGGAGAGUCAGGAAGAAAUUUUAUUCCUACACCACCUCCACUUCCUCAGAUCCUCAGGGGAAGACUGCUUCCAGUCUGUUCUGUGCAGUCACAAAGUAGUAAUACAGAAUUGCUUGAUAGCACGAUACAGACUGCAGACGAAACGACGACACAACGAAUUCCUAGCAUUACACAGACGCAAGAAGAAAUGUUACAGGGACCUGCCAUUUCCAGUUCAUCUACAAGAGAUACAAGCCAUACAAAUCCAGAUUUAAAAUAAAAUAGAGCAAAUCUGGAUGUUAAUAUAAAAUUACUUUUACUGGUCAUACAAUUUGGAAGAGAGAAAGUAAAACAAAACUUUGUUAGUAUUAAGAAUAAGCAUUUAGAAUAACCACAAAAUACAAAAAACCUGUUCAAAUUAAUUGUAAAAUAAAUUUACUCAGUCCUGUUACAAUUAAUUCAGUUUAGAACAAGAACUGUUCUAGCAUGUAGGUUCUUGCAUGCGUAUAAUGUAAAACAUGACUAGUGUUCAGAAUAAAUAUAAAGGUUAUUGUAAAUACAGUUCAGUAUUUGUAAAAUGACAUAUUUUUUAUAUUUCUUGUGACAGAAUGGUUGUAAGAUCUUGUAGGGUUGUCUGUGAUUGUUUUAUAUAUGAAUUUUCUAUACACAGUGCAAUACAGCACUUUCUGCUUUGUUCAAACAAAAGACUAUGAAAGGAAUGACUUUGUAACUAUAAUUUCAUUGUUGACAUUAAAUAAAUCAGUAACGGAAGGUGAUUGAUUAUCCUACGAUCCUGAA